AUGGCCCCUGUAGCCAGCCCAGCUAGCGUGGAAAUGGGUUCUCCCUUGAAGAGCAGGAUCUGCUCUCCUGGAAUCCAGGCGAAACAGAAACUCAGCCCGGGAAACUGCCCCAGGCCCGAGAGGGAACAAUCCCCUCCAUUCCUGUUUCCUUCCAGCUCUGACAAGGAUGGACUGCAGGCUCCCAAGCGCUGCUGUGUCUGGAUCUCUCCACUGGCAGCAGAUGGCAGGACCCUCAUGACAUCUGUUCCCAGGAAGACAGGCUCCAUUUUGUUCAUCAGAAGCCCAGUGCCAUCCCAGGUUCUCCCAGGUACUGAACCAAUCAACGUGAAUGAACUAGAGGUGGCUUUCCAGAGAUUCUUUGGCUCCCAGCGGUCAGGACUGGAGGUCCCCACACUGGGCUGGAUGGAUGGCUCCGCCCUGAAGUCGAACCAAGAGGCCAGUCCGUGUCUCCUCACCUUUGUAGUACAGCCCAGUGCCAGAUCUGAGGACUUCAGUCUCAUCUCCAUGGUCUCCUCUUCUCCAGCUGUCUCCCUCCACAAGUUGCAGCUCCCUCAGUUUCCCAGAAGAAGCUCAGCCCGACGUUUCCAGAAGGCUCGUCAACGCCUAGGCUGGGACCCUUGA